CCUAAGAAUCCUUCCUUCUCUGAGCCAAUCCUCCCGUCUGAGUUUUAGAAGUUGUGCUUGAAUCAGAAGGUCCAAGGACUGAGAGGAGCUGCAUUCAGUUGCACUUUCUCUAGAGGAGGAAAACCGGCAUCAACCUGUAGCAACAUGCCCUACUCAUUUGACUGGGUUUGCAAGGAUGUGGUCAAAAAGCUUCAAGGAAAAGAUCUGUGUCCUGUCAAACGUCUGUCAGAUGCGACGAAGUUCCGUCAGUUUGAGAUACUGCAGAAGACUGCUCAGUCACUGUUUUGGAAAACUGAAGACAUUCCAGUUGGAUAUUCGCUCCUGCAGAUUUUAGAGCCAAAUUUUCCAGUCCCAGACCCUGAAGUAUCAGCUCCCAUCCCGCUCAAGUGCACUGUAUCUCAGAAACUGAAGGGUAACUUGGGUGUCAACGCCAUUGCAGAAGGAAGUGUGUCAGCAGAGUUUGCUCAUUCCUCUGGAUACGACAUCGAGGUUCAGUGUACCAGCAUCCCAGCUUCAAAACUGGAAAUUCUUCAAAACAGGAAACUGGUGGAAAAGGAGCCAUCAUUUAUCAAGGAUUGCAGGAUUGGAAGGAAGGACCUGUACGUGGUGACAGAGGCCUUUGAAGUGACCAGGGGUACAGUGCUGGAAGACAGUAGCAGUGUCAGCUUACUGGGAAAAGUGCUCACCCCUCAGUUUGCCAAGGUUCAAGCCCAGGGCGACUGGCACAGGGAGACAAAGGAUUCAGUGCCUAUCCUAAAGGGUGCAGUGGUGGCCUACAAGAAGAAGCAACUGGUCAUUGAGAAUGACACUUGUGCCAUUCUCCUUUCUGCUAAGGCUAAGAAGAAAACACUUUUAGGGACACUGCGUAUGCAGCCUAGGUUUCUAGGUCAUCCGCAGUACUUUCAACCCAAAACAUGUGCUCUGGAAACUGAGAUAAGACCACAUUCUAGAAGACAGCUAGACUGGGAGUUAAGUUGCAUCUCUCCAAUAGGAAGGUUAGAUGAACCCUUACCUAAUGAUUUCCAGCAUCUACAAAAUGAGAUUUCUGAGAAAACAGGGUUACUGGCCAUGCUUUCAAAGGACGUUCAAGAUGCUGUGUUCUCUAGUCUCCUGCCCAUGCUAGGAGACAGGGACACUCUGUAUGACCUGAUGAUCAUGCUGGAGUUGGGUCAGUUGGGGCACAUGGAUGGCCCAGGUGGUGUGAUCCUCGAUGAGCUGAGAAAGGACUCAUGGAAUGUUCUAAAGGACCUCAUUCUUUAUCUCCUUCACGCCCUAAUGGUGCUGAGUGAUACCCAACUCAGUCUGCUGGCCCAGUCUGUGGAAAAGCAGUUUCUCCUCCAGCAAAGACAACUGGUGAAGAGCAUCCUGCAGGCGAACUUCAAGUAUCCCUGGAACAUCCCCUUCACUCUGCAGCCUCAGCUCCUCGCCCCACUCCAGGGGGAGGGCCUGGCCAUUACUUACGGAUUGCUGAGCGAGUGUGGGCUGCAGAUGGAGCUGAAUAAUCCCAGGUCAACUUGGGAUCUGGAAGCCAAGAUGCCCAUGUCUGCGCUUUAUGGGAGCCUGUCGUUCCUGCAGCAACUUGUAGAAGCCUAACCCUGCUCAGAGCCUGGCCCCAGCCCGGCCGGUGCUGAGUCCUGGAUGCAUUCGAGACAUGGCACCAUGGCGUACACGGGAGAGGAGAUUACUGUGCACGUUCUAGGUGUUGGCAAUAAUGAUGCUAACUAAGUGUUUUUCUUAUGAAUGUGCUAUUCAUUCACAAUUAUAUAAAUAAUAUGUUUUGAUUAUAUUCAUCUCCCCCAGUGUCCUUUUUUUUAAAAAUCCAUCUCCUCCAAGCCCUUAUCCACUAUCUUCUCAUUGAACUUUUUAAUGCUCUACUGCACUUAAUUAGGGUUGUGGCCCUGGGCUCUCUUGGUCUAGUGCAGAUAGCCGUUAGUACUGUGAGUUUAUGGGUGCAAUAACCAUUCUAUAUCCUUGCCAUUUCCAUGGGUAAAUUUGUUGGUGUCUUUCACAACUCCUCAAA